AUGGUUCGCGAAGGAGUAUUAUCACCUGCUGAUUCAGGAGAGUUUAUUGCAAAACACGCAAAGCACGUAAAAAUUAUCGAAGGAGGUCGAAAGAAAUUAGCUACUGAGAUAUUGUCCAGUAUUAAAGCCAAUCAGCUUCAAAUGCCAGACACAGGCGCGGACUCAAUUCAUCCGUAUAAAGACCACCCAAGAGCUGUCGACUGGGUCUUUGUUGUAGAUGCUCUCAACUUCUGUUUUUGGUCGAAAAGCAAAGAAGAGCAGUGGUCCGUAAAUGGUUACACAGGAUAUUAUGCAUUAGAAGCUGCUCUUAAUAGGGCAAUAAAGGAAGGUGUAGAAAUUGCAAAUCCUGAAUUUUAUUCCAAAAUAACAAAGGAGCAGCUUCGUGAUAUCAUGAAAGGUGAUAACAAUAUUGAAAUACCACUAUUUGAUCAAAGACUUUCUAUCCUGCAUGAAGUUGGAUCAAUACUUCUCGAUAAGUACAAUGGGACCUUUGAAACUUGUGUAAAAGAAGCAAAUAAGUCUGCAGUAAAUUUAUUAGAUAUAGUUGUUAGUAAUUUUCCUUGCUUCAGGGAUGAGGCCAUUUACAGAGAUCAAGCCGUUUCAUUUUAUAAGAGGGCACAGAUUUUAGUGGCGGACUUAUGGAAUUCCUUCAACGGUGCAAGUUGGGGGGAGUUUGAAGACAUUGAUAAUAUGACAAUGUUUGCAGAUUAUAGAGUGCCUCAAGUGCUGGUGUAUUUUGGUGUUAUGAGUUAUAGUGAUGAAUUGAUGGAUAAAUUAAAGAAAGAUGUUCUUCUUGAUAGUGGGUCGGAAGAAGAAGUGGAAAUACGCGGGUGCUCAAUUCACGCAGUUGAAUUAUUAAAGAAGAGUAUAGAAGAAAACAUAAAGGAGAAAGACUUGGACCUAAAAGCGCCAAACUCCAGCCUGAUAGAUUAUUAUCUCUGGUGUUACAGGAGGAAACACGCAAAAGAAGUAGAGCGUAUUCCUUAUCAUAAAACCUUGGGUAUAUAUUACUGA